CGCCGCCAAGUCGCAGCCGGCCGUCACCAAGUCGCCGCCGGCCGCCGCCAAGUCGCCGCCGGUUGCCGCUCAGGCGCCUGCGCAGAAAGCGGCUCCGCAUGGUGAGGCCGCGGCCGGCCAACGGAAGAGCAGGGGGCAAAUCAAGGCUGAGCGGCGGGCCAGAGCUCAGGCGGCCAAAGGUAACGCGAACAACCCCGCUAAGGUGGCCGAAGGUAACAUCAGCAGCGCCGUCAAACCGGCUGAAGGCAACGCGAACAACCCCGCUAAAGCGGCCAAAGGCAAUGCGAACAACCCCGCCAAAGCGGCGGAAGGUAACACGAGCAAUCCUGCCAAAGCGGCCAAGGGUAUCGCGAACACACCGAACACACCCGUCAGGGCAGUCAACGCUAACGCGAGCCACCCUGCCAAGCCGGCCAAAGCUAGCGCGAACCAGCCCGCCAAAGUAUCCAAAUCGAAUACGGGCACGCCUGUCAAGGAUGCCAAAGCGAGCGUGAGCAAGAAGGCGUCGCCGACGGCCGGCGGCGACGGCUCCGCGCAGGCGGGCGGCGGCCGUGGAGCGGCAGGUCAGGCUAGCCCGGUCGCCCGCCCUGCGCAGGCGCCAGCGCCGGCGCCGGCGCUGGCCGCCGGGGCGCCCGUCCAGACCGCAGCGGAGCCGUCCCACCAGGCCCAGCCUGCUGACGGUCAGCAGAAGAGCAGGGAGCAGGUCAAGGCCGAACGGAAGGCCAAGGCUGAGGCGGCCAAGCUGGCCAAGGCGGCCAAGGCCAACGCCAACAAGUCGGCCAACGCCAACGCGAACGAGCUCGGGAAAAGCAGCACCAGCAAGGCCGCUGGAGCUGGCGCGAGCAAGAGUGAGGCCUCGCUGCCGGCGGCGGCGUGCGGCGCUGGUGCGGCCGGUCAGGCGACCGCGAGCCGGCCGGCCACCGCACCAUCGGCGCGACCGCCACUUCAGUCGCCGCCCGGACCCAAGACGGAGGACACCGCCCAGCCGGACAAGAAAAACUCGAAGAAGGCGCCGGCCGCCACCAAGCACCACAUCCACAUGUUCUCGCACCUGCCGCAGUUCGACGCCGGCGCCGUGGACGCGCUGACGCUGAAGCACGGCGUGCAUCCGGCCGUGCUGCGCCUGGGCCUGCGGCUGGCGGCCGGCCGCAUCACCGGCGCCAACGCCGGCGCCGUGGCGCUGCUGGCCGCGCUCGCCGCUCUCGUGGAGGACUACAAGACGCCGGCGCAGCGCGAACUCCGCCGCGACCUGCCUGACCAGGUGCGCCGAGCCGUGGGUCACGUGGCCGCGUGCCAGCCGCUCUCGGUCGCCAUGGAGAACGCGGCGGCGCGGCUGGACCACGCCAUCCGCACAGAGGUGGCCGACGGGACCAGCGACAACGAGGCAAAGAAGCACCUGUCGGAGUGGAUCGAGUUCUUCAUCAGAGACAACAUCUGUAAGGCGGUGACGGCGAUCACGCACUACGCCCUGGAGAGGAUCAAGGACGGCGACACGAUCCUGACGUACGGCAAGUCGGCGGCGGUGCUGGACGUGCUGCGCGAAGCGCACAUGAAAGGCCUCCGCUUCCACGUGGUGGUGGUGGACUCGCGGCCGCAUCUCGAGGGCCGUGGUAUGCUGCGGAUGCUGUUGGACGCCGGCGUCACCUGCUCGUACGGCAUGAUCAGCGCCAUCAGCCACCACAUGAAGCAGGCGACCAAGGUGCUACUGGGCGCGCACGCGCUCCUCUCCAACGGCAUGGUGCUGUCGCGCGCCGGCUCGGCCAUGGUGAGCCUGGCUGGCCGCGCCCUUAACCGGCCCGUGCUCGUCUGCUGCGAGAAGUACAAGUUCUCGGAGCGCGUGCAGACCGACUCGCAGGUGUACAACCGGCUGGGCGACCCGGAUGCGCUGGUGCCGGCGGCCGACUCGCCGCUGGCCGACUGGCGGCGCUGCGAGGCGCUGACGCUGCUCAACCUGGCCUACGACGUCACGCCGCCCGAGCUGGUGGAUGUGGUCAUAACCGAGCUGGGCGCUAUUCCGUGCACGUCGGCGCCGGCCGUGCUGCGCCUGCAGCAGCACGCCGGGUACUGAGGCGGCGCACGCGGUGGCUGGCACGCCGGCCGUGCUGC